ACUGCCCCCCUCCCCAUGCGCGGCGUAUUCGUCCUCAUUGUCCCCCGCUCUCCCCGUCCGCUCCGCGCGUACAGUUCUCAAGUGACUAAGCCGCCCCGCACGCCCUCUUUGCGUCUGUCGUUCCCUCCCAGAGCAUGCCGAGCCACAGCCGCCCGGAGUCAAGCUCCCGAAGCCCCCACCCCCAAACUCCACGGUUUGUCACCCAGUGGGAGGAAGGGGAAAACCGAGGCAGGAGAGACUGUCGCCUCUCUCUGUGGACCCGGGAGCCCCACCCACAGUGGGUGGGGUCGGCACAGAAAGGGUUAAGCCUGAGGGGGAAGUCUGGGGCUCCAGGCUCAGGGGCGGAUCCUGGGGUUUCCUCUCUCCUGGUCCAGGGGUGCAGCUGCUGCGGAGGUGGCUGAUGCAGGUGAGGGGCUUAUAGCCCUCUGAGUGGGAUGUGGUAUGAGGGGAGGGGGCUACCUGUUACUGAUCAGUGUGGAAUUGGCCUCAAGCUCACGGGGCCUUCCUGCGGAGGUGGGGAAGGGGAGCCAGGGCAUCCUCUCUGGAACAGGUGGGUAGAAGGGUGGGGCCCAGCGGCCACCUAUCGCUAGAAAUCCCCGAGCAUUGACCCUUCUGCCAGCAGAGCCUGUGGUAGGAUGGGCACACAAUGGAGUUCGGGGUCAGGAGGUCUGAGCCCCCAACCUGGUAGCCGUUGGACACCCCUGUGGAUGUAGGAAGGAAGCUGUGGUUCUUAUCUAGCUAGGGUGUCUACGAAACAGGCCAGUGGGGAACCAGGCCUGCAGGAGCCACGUUGCUGUGUGAGCCGGGCCCUUUUUGAGGGGCAGUUGGGUCCAUGCCCAGUCAAAGUGUCCUGAGCUGGGCAGUGUUGGGGAGGGAGCCAGGGACUCUGUGCCCCUGGUAGGGAAGGCAGUCCAGGGAGGGGAAAUUUGAGCCUGAUGGGUGGGUUAAUGGCACCCCAAUAUCGGUUAGGUGGCAGGCAUGGCCCAGGUGGUCAAAAAGGCUGGGACCUGGAGUAGGGAGAAGGGUGGGACAGGGAACUUCCCUAGGGGAGUUCCUAGGGAAGCUGUGUUCCCUCCGAAGGGAAUACAGCGUUUAAGCAGGGGGUCGUGGUGUCUAGUUUGUAUGCUCUGUCUGAUGGUCAGCCAGCUGCAAUGGUGUAGGGCUGGAUCUACUCUCCUGGGGAGGACAAAGCGGUAGUCAGAGAAGGCUGGGGCCUGGAGUCUUGAUUUCUGCCCUAGCCUUUAGCCCUCAGCCUCCAUCCAGUGUAAGGCAGAGCACCCAGGAUCCAUCCCCUCUGCUCUCCACCUGAGUCAGGUCCCCCAGGUAUAGGGGAUGGGAUCCUCCAGGUCACCUGUGCCAUCAGGUGAGUAUGGGGACAAGGUGCAGCCCACCAGUUCCAGGAUGUGUGGCCCUCCUUAGCACUCUGUCAGCCACUCCCUGCCCCAGCCCCAUCCUCCCUUCUGGCACAGCCCAGCAUGGCUGUUGUCCACAGGAGGAGCACCCUUCUGGUCUCAGGAGAUACCACUGCCUGGAGACUGUGGCCUUAACCCCCAGCCUGGCACUGAGCCACCUGGAACCCAGCAGGAGAUGACCUUGGCUCCCAGCCUGGCAUCUGAGCCUGGAUCCUACAUGUAGGCAAGAGCUGACUCUGAGCCCUGGCCCAGCCAAGCUGACUCCUACCCUAGACCCUAUACACCAGGUGGUGCUGAUCCUGAGUACCACUCCAGCCUAACUGACUCUGGAUCCUGCAUGCCAGCCAGAGGUGACCCUGAGAUCCAACUGGCCAAGCUGAUCCUGGAUCCUACACACCAGCCAGAUCUGACCCUGAGCCCCAGGCUAGCUGAGUUGACCCUGGGUUCUGCAUGCCAUCCAGAGAUGACCCUCAGUCCUGGCUCAACUGAGCUGACCCUGGAUCCCGCACGCCAGCCAGAGGAGACCCCAGCCCCCAACCUGGCUGAGCUGACCCUGGAGCCUGUGCACUGCCGACCUGAGCUCCUGGAUGCCUGUGCCGACCUCAUCAAUGAGCAGUGGCCCCGCAGCCGCGCCUCCCGCCUGCACUCCUUGGGCCAGUCCUCAGAUGCCUUCCCCCUCUGCUUGAUGCUGCUGAGCCCCCGUCCCACGCCAGAGGCAGACCCCAUUGUGGUGGGCCAUGCCCGCCUGUCACGGGUGCUGGACCGGCCCCAGAGCCUCCUAGUGGAGACGGUGGUGGUGGCCCGAGCCUUGAGGGGCCGUGGCUUUGGCCGCUGCCUCAUGGAGGGCCUUGAAGCCUUUGCUCAGGCCCGGGGCUUCCGCCGGCUACACCUCACCACCCAUGACCAGCUGCACUUUUACGCCCACCUGGGAUACCAGCUGGGUGAGCCUGUGCAGGGCCUGGUCUUCACCAGUCGGUGGCUGCCUGCCACCCUGCUCAGUGCCUUCCCCAGGGCCUCCUUUCCCCGGCCACCCUGCAGGGCCCCUAGCCUGACUGCCCAAGCUGCCCCAAGAGCCCCCAAGGGGUCAUCAUUGCCGCCACCCCCACCCCUGCCUGAGCCCUUGACCACCCUACCCCCACCUCCAGGAGGGCCCCCUCCACAAAGCCUGCUGGAGACUCAAUACCAAGACCUGAGAAGACGCCCCAUAUUCUGGAUGGAGAAAGACAUCUGAGGGCUUACCCAGGGCAAGAUGCUGUCUUUCUGGGUCAGUUGACUGCCCAGGACAGUACCAGCCUCAGCCCACUGGCCAUCCCUCAGCUUCUAUCCCCCGAGGACAGCUUCAGCCUAGGCAUGUUUCCUGAGUGCCAGUGGAGAUGGCGCCAUGGCUGUGGCUCAGAGCUCUCAGUGUGGCUGAAUAAAGGCUUCUGUUGGG